GUUUUAAAUCCUGAGGCAAAAACUGCGCAGGCAUCAGUUUGUGCAAGAGUUUGUGCUGUGAGGCUUGUGAGGGUGGUUGUCAGAUAAUUUGUGCGUUAUAUUUUUACAGUAUCGUUUAUUUUGACCACUUCUCGUAUUAAAUUGAUUUUUAUUGUUAGGAUAUCUUGUGGUCUGAGACGCCAUGUCUUCAAAAGGACAGAAAAACCAAAACAUUCAAGUGUUUGUCAGAGCAAGACCUAUCAAUGCCACUGAGAAGGGGAGAGGCUCUUUCUCCAUUGUGGAGACGUCGGACCACACGGUCACCGUUAAGGAGAGGCCGCAGGACAAAAUCACCAAAAACUUCACUUUUGAUCGGGUUUUCGGACCAAAGUCUAAACAGGUGGACGUGUAUCGGAAGGUGGUGAUGCCACUGCUGGAGCAGGUACUUCUUGGUUACAACUGCACGGUGUUUGCCUAUGGACAGACGGGCACAGGCAAGACAUUCACCAUGGAGGGCGAGCGCUGCGAGAGCGAGCUGCCCUGGGAUCAGGACCCCGGCCUGGGUAUCAUCCCGCGCACGCUGAGCCAACUGUUCGACGAGCUGCGCAUCCAGGGUGUGGAGUUCACCGUGCGCGUCUCGUUCCUCGAGCUCUACAACGAGGAGCUGUUCGACCUGCUCGGGCCCGAGACGGACACCACAAGGCUCAGGCUGUACGAGGACGCGCAGAAGAAGGGCUCGUGCAUCAUCCACGGCCUGGAGGAGGUGACUGUUCACAACAAGAACGACGUCUACGAGAUCCUGCGGCUCGGCUCGCAGAAGCGUCAGACAGCCGCCACGCUGAUGAACGCCCACUCCAGUCGCUCGCACACGGUCUUCUCUGUAACCGUGCACAUCAAGGAGAACACGGUGGACGGCGAGGAGCUGCUCAAGACGGGCAAGCUGAACCUUGUCGACUUAGCCGGCAGCGAGAACGUCGGACGGUCGGGAGCGGUGGACCGCCGCGCGCGGGAGGCGGGCAACAUCAACCAGAGCCUGCUGACACUGGGUCGUGUCAUCACCUCGCUGGUGGAGAGGGCGCCGCACGUGCCCUACAGAGAGUCGAAGCUCACGCGGCUGCUGCAGGACUCGCUCGGAGGUCGCACCAAGACGUCCAUCAUCGCCGCCAUAUCGCCAGCCUCCUGUAACCUGGAGGAGACGCUGAGCACGCUCGACUACGCCCAGCGCGCCAAGAACAUCACCAACCGGCCAGAGGUCAACCAGCGGCUCAGCAAGAAGACGCUCAUGAAGGAAUACACGGAGGAGAUCGAGCGGCUGCGGCGCGACCUACUGGCCACGCGCGAGCAGACGGGCGUCUACCUGGCGCCGGAGAACUACGACAACAUGGUCGGCCGGCUGGAGGAGCAGGAGAAGGAGAUUGUCGAAAAGGUCAACCACAUCCGCGCCCUGCAGGAGGAUAUGGAGAAGAAGGAGGCGCUGUUCUCCGGUCUGAAGACUGCGCUCGAGGAGACGGAGGGCAAGCUGUGUGACACGCGCUACGAUCUGCAAAAGACCAAAGAGACGCUGCAGCUGACGGAGACGGAGCGGGACGAGCAGUCGCACCUGGUGGAGCGGCGCGCCGACACGGAGCGCCGACUGGCCGGACAGGCGUCCCAGCUGCUCUCCGCCGUCAAGGGCGCCGCCUCCGACCUGCGCGGCGUGCACGACAAACUCGACCGCAAACGGUCGCUGGAGCAGCGAAACGAGACGACGGGCCGCCAGUUCCAGGACCAGUUCCAGGCGGACAUGAGGGGACUGGAGGUGGCGCUGGAGGCGGCCUUCCAGACGCAGCGCGCCUUCUGCACGCAGGAGCACGACAGUCUUGGCGCCGAUUUGGAGGCCAGGAAGAAGGAGACGGCCUCGCUGACCAGCCUGCUGAGCGAACUACUCGACUCGCAGACGGAGCAGCUGCGCGAGCUGGAGGCACACGCUCAGUCGGAGGCGGCCGGCCAGCACAGCUGGAUCGGCGCGCAGCUGGACGCGGUGUCGGCGCGGCGCCAGGCGCACACGGACACCCAGUCCGAGCUGCGCCGUCGGCUGGAGGCCGGCGCCGAGGCGGUGCUGGCGCGACUGGCGCAGCUGGACGCCAGCGCCGAGCAGCGCCAGGCCGAGCUGCGCCGCUGGCUGCAGCAGCACGACGCCGGCCUGCGCGCCGUGCUCGACGAGCUGGCCGAGCUGGUGCGCCGGCGGGAGCAGCAGGCGCGCCAGGAGGCGGAGGAGCGCGCCGCCGCGCUGGAGGCCGAGAACAAGAGACUGCGGGAGCGCCAGGUGCAGCAGACGGCGUACAUUGAGUCCAUCAGCAAGAUGUUGUCCGCCGGCCUGAACACGGCUCAGCAGAUGGCGACGGCCGCCGCGGAGGACGCCGCCGCCGCCGAGUCAGCGCUGGCCGCCCGGCGCGCCGCUCUGGAGCGCGCGGGGAAAACUCAGACCGAGUUCCUCGCCUCAGCUGGUCAGAGCAUCGAGCGCGCCCAGCAGCAGCACGCCGAGGACAUCGCGGCGGCAGAGAAGGCGUUCCAGCAGCGCGACGAAGAGGUGGUCAAACAGACGGCCGAGGCACGCGCGGAGGUGACCGCCGCCCGGGACUCGUGGGCGCCGCCGCUGGACGAGCUGGCCGCCGGCGCCGAGCAGCACUGGACGCAGCAGGAGGCGGCGCUCCACAGCCGCCGCGCGGCCGCCGCCGAGGCGCACCGCUCUGCCGAGGGCCGGGUCCGUCAGCUGGCGGCCGCAGUGGACAGCUCGGUGGGGGCCGGCCGGCAGCAGCUGGCCGAGCAGCAGCUGCGGGCCGCCGAGCAGCUGCAGCAGCGCCAGCAGCGCGCCACGGAGCAGGAGGCCAGGGUGGCCGCCGAGUCGGCCGCCCUCACAGAGACCGUGCGGCAGCGCGCCGCCGACGUGCAGGUUCUGCUGUUGGAGAGCCUGGAGCGCGACGUCAGCACGGGUAACACCCCUCAGCGGCGCGAGUUCACCUACCCACGCUACCUGGCCGCCACAUCGCCGCACGAGCGUAUACUGCAGCGGUACAGAACGGCCCGCGCCACGCAGGAGAGCCGCGCCCAGCCCGACCAGAUUGAGCUGCCGGAGUUCAGCACCAGCGAGCUGCUGGAGACGGACACCUCGCAGUCGUCCAAAGAGCCGGCCACACCGGAGAGCGAGGGGGCGCCGGAGCUGCCGACGCCGAGCCGCGAGCCGGCGCUGCCGACCCCGAGCCGCGAGCCCACGCCGGCGGCCGCCGAGAGUCGCCUCAGGGCGCCGACAGAGGCCGAGCGGCUGGCCCGCGCCCCGUCCGUCAGCGACGUCAGCGAUGCCGGCAGCGACGCAGAGAACAAGUGCCCGGAUCAGCGCCGCGACAAGACCAAGGACGAGUUCGCCGUGCCGGCGGCGACGGCGCGCCGACAGACGCGGCGCGCGCUGCGCCAGCCCAAGGUCCACCCGUCGCGCCAGACCUCGCAGUCGCCGCGCAGACCGGCCGGCGUGCUGACGGCGAGGAACGACUAGCGCCGCCGCGCGGUCCGCUCGGCCGGCGACCCGAUCUCUGGCGCGAGAGGGGCACCCGCGUGGCGCUGAGUGUCCGCCGCUGCCGGCCGCCGCGCCCCUCCCCUUCUCUGCUGUCUCUGUGAGUGCGAGUGUGUGUGCGUGUGUGCUGCGAGAACGUGCGGUUCGCUACCAUCGCCCCGGGCGGUGGUAACGAAUGUUUUUAGCCAUAGUCGCGUGUGGAGCUAGAGGGUAAGCUCACCAUGCAUCACGGUGUGUUACCGUUUUAAUUAGCUAUCGGUAUCUUGGGAAGGGAAGGGAAGGGACAGCACAAGUACAGCGGCAUGUGGCGCGAGACAAAACCGUUUCGGGUGUCAUUACAUAGAUAGAAGUCUGGCUUAGUCCGAUCGUCGAGGUGUCGGAUAUCGUUGCAUUUAGGAUUGGUUUAGAUUCGUCGCAACGAUUGACGUAUAGUAACAGACGAAUGAAUUCUGUCAUCAAUGCGUAGUUUUAAGCUCAUUAAAUGUUUGCUUCAA